AACACGCCCAUUACAGCCGAAUAGUUGCAUCAGCAUUAGAGCUGAAUACCGGCUCAGCGAAAGGUUGCAGAGAGCAUAAAAGUAUCAUACGGACUGUAUAUUCGUGUUCCUGAGUUAUUUUAUCAUCAUAAAAUGGCAGAAGAGGCCAUCAGUGAGCAGAUGAAAGACCUAAAAGUAAAAGAAGGGAAGCAGGCCAAGACAGCAGACAAUGCUGGAAAAGAUGGAGGGAAGAAGAAGAUCAAAGAAGCUGGAGAUACAGGGGGCAGAACUGAGGCCAAGACAGCAGACAAUGCUGGAAAAGAUGGAGGGAAGAAGAAGAAUAAAGGAACUGGAGAUACAGGGGGCAGAUCUGAGCUGAACCCUCAGCCUCAAUAUAUAGAAGAUCGUCUGGUCAUGUACAACAAGCUAAAGGCUGAACACGAUGCUCUGAUUGCCAAGAGAGCUGAGAUGGAGAGCAAGCCCAUCAAGAUCACCCUGCCCGAUGGGAAAGUGGUGGACGGCGAGUCGUGGAAGACCACACCCUACCAGGUGGCGUGUGGCAUCAGCCAAGGCCUUGCUGAUAACACUGUGAUUUCCAAAGUGAAUAACGAUGUGUGGGACCUGGACAGACCGCUGGAGGGAGACUGCAGUUUGCAGCUUCUCAAGUUUGAUGAUGAGGAAGCACAAGCAGUCUAUUGGCACUCCAGUGCUCACAUUAUGGGCGAGGCCAUGGAGAGAGUGUACGGAGGCUGCCUGUGUUACGGACCUCCUAUUGAGAACGGUUUCUACUACGACAUGUACCUGGACAAUGAAGGCGUAUCGAGUAAUGACUUCCCCUGUCUCGAGAACCUGUGUAAAAAGAUUAUCAAGGAGAAGCAGCCCUUUGAACGGUUGGAGGUAAAGAAGGAGACUCUUCUGGAGAUGUUCAAGUACAACAAGUUUAAAUGCAGGAUCCUGAAUGAGAAAGUUAAUACCCCGACAACUACAGUUUACAGGUGUGGGCCCUUGAUCGACCUGUGUAGAGGACCUCAUGUGAGACACACUGGGAAGAUCAAGGCCUUGAAGGUUCAUAAGAAUUCAUCCACUUACUGGGAAGGCAAAGCAGACAUGGAGACCUUGCAGCGCAUUUAUGGCAUCUCCUUCCCCGACCCUAAGAUGCUGAAGGACUGGGAGAAAUUCCAAGAAGAGGCCAAGAACAGAGAUCACCGCAAAUUAGGACGGGAACAGGACUUGUUUUUCUUCCAUGAUCUCAGCCCAGGUAGCUGCUUCUUCCUCCCAAAGGGGGCCUACAUCUACAACACACUGAUGGAGUUUAUAAGGAGUGAAUACAGGAAGAGGGGCUUCCAGGAAGUGAUCACUCCAAACAUCUACAACAGCAAACUGUGGCAGACUUCUGGCCACUGGCAGCACUACAGUGAGAACAUGUUCUCCUUCGAGGUGGAGAAGGAGAUCUUCGCUCUUAAGCCUAUGAACUGCCCUGGACACUGUCUGAUGUUUGAUCAUCGGCCUCGCUCAUGGAGGGAACUGCCUUUACGUAUGGCUGAUUUUGGUGUGCUGCACCGCAACGAGCUCUCUGGAGCUCUCACCGGCCUCACCCGUGUCCGUCGCUUUCAGCAGGACGAUGCACACAUCUUCUGUGCUAUGGAGCAGAUUGAGUCAGAGAUUAAAGGCUGUCUGGAGUUCCUGCGUGCCGUGUAUGACGUAUUCGGCUUCACCUUCAAACUGAACCUCUCCACCAGACCAGAGAAGUUCCUUGGGGAACCAGAAGUGUGGGAUCAUGCUGAAAAGCAACUUGAGAACAGUUUAAAUGAGUUUGGGGAGAAGUGGGUAUUAAACCCUGGAGAUGGUGCUUUCUAUGGACCAAAGAUUGACAUUCAGAUCAAGGAUGCUAUUGGAAGAUACCACCAGUGUGCCACCAUCCAGCUGGACUUCCAGCUCCCCAUCCGCUUCAAUCUAACCUUCGUCAGCCAUGAUGGAGAUGAUAAGAAGAGGCCAGUGAUUAUUCACAGAGCCAUUUUGGGCUCCGUUGAGAGGAUGAUUGCAAUCCUCACAGAAAACUAUGGCGGGAAAUGGCCUUUGUGGCUUUCCCCACGUCAGGUGAUGGUUGUGCCUGUUGGACCCACUUGUGAGGAUUACGCACAAAAAGUGCAAAAAGAGUUUCACAACGUAGGUCUGAUGACGGACGUAGAUCUGGAUCCAGGCUGCACUCUGAACAAGAAGAUCAGAAACGCACAGCUGGCUCAGUACAACUUUAUUUUAGUGGUGGGAGAGAAGGAAAAGAGCAGCGACACUGUGAACGUGCGGACGAGAGAUAACAAGGUCCACGGGGAAAGAAGUCUGACCGACUGCAUGGAGCGCUUGAGACAGUUGAAGGCAUCGAGAACCCGGAAUGCAGAAGAGGAGUUUUAAGCUCCUGGUGAUAUACUCCAUGCCGAUCUGACAAGAUUUUUUACAUCUCAGAGAUAUAAAAAUAGUUUUUAGGCAAAAUGUUCCCCAUAAAAAAAGCAAAGCGGAUCACAUUUUUUGCUGUAUUGUUCCCUGCUCUGUCAUCCCGACCGGUUGUAAGGAUGGGUUGUGUCACACCCUGAAGCCAUAAACACAAACCACUACUGGCAUGUCUCAUGAGCUCAUCAACACUUCUGGAUUUUAUACAACAACAAAAAGCAAUAAUGUGUUUAAAAUCUUAUUGGCAGAAUAAAAAAUAAAUUUGCUUAAAUUUACAUGGCUACAGCUUUACUUUAAAUCACGUAUCAGUCAUUUUUCCAACAUAAUCAAAGGUCUAUAAAGCAUUUUCUUUUUUUCUGGAGUUUCAAGAACGGUAUAUUUUCACUUUUUGUAAGUUUUCUGUCUUAUAAAUCAGAGGGAUGUGAUGGCCUAGUGGUUAAGGCUUUGGAUUACUGAUCAGGUGGUCAUAAGGUUGAAUCCCAGGUCCACCAGGCUGUGCCUUAACCCUCAAUUGCUCAGUUGUAUAAAUUGAAAUAAAAUGUAGGUCACUCUGGAUAAGGGUGUCUGGUAAAUGCCAGAGGUGUAAAUAAAUCAGGGACUGUCUGCAAAUAAAUAAAUCAAUACUAUACCUUAAAA